AUGAAGUUAAAUGCCUUGUUUCUUUGCAUCCAGCUUGCUGCAGCUUUAGAGUAUUUCGAUAAGGCUGAUUCUGGCUAUAAGGCUUGCGGGUAUGUCCAUCAGGCAGUGGGCAUACCUGGUCUGAGUGGAAGGUACUUGGAAGCAGCUAGGUACUGUAAUGUCGACGACCAGCCUUUCUUGGGCUCCAUGGCGACUUGUUUGGUUAAUACUUUUGAUAGUAAGGACUACGUUGACCAUUACCUUUCCAUGUGUCUGGGAUCAGUUUCCAGAGAACAGUUUGUCAAGGCUUAUAACAAUGCUACAAAGCACCUUAUGAACGGUAGUUUGCCUUCGGCAGCUGAAGAAGCUCAGUAUCGUCCGUUGUACUUCCCCAAAGAGGUGGUUCUUGCUCAGGCUUCUGAUACUUACAACUACGACAGAACCAACAACUAUACCAUCAUCUACGGUUCAAUUCUUACCGCAUACUGGUUUGUCGUUUGCAUUAUUGCUGGAAUUAUUCACUGGACCAAAGCGUUCAUUCCAUCCUUCUCAAACGCCUUGCUUGCGUUUGUUCCAGCAAACUACAUAAGAAGAUUCAUUGUGCUUCCGCCUACUUUCAGCAAGUCCCACUUCAACACCAAGAGACUUGGGCCUAUCGAAUGGCUUAUCCCUCUUAGGCUUGAAUCUAUUCUUUUGGCUAUUUAUUUUAUUCUCAGUGGUGUAUUCUGUGGCACUGAGAUCAACAACGCUUCAGAUAAACCAUUGGAGAUCCAGGUGGGAAACAGAAGCGGUGUUCUUACAACGUUUGCUUUGCCAGUUCUCAUUUUGUUUGCUGGAAGAAACAACUUUUUGCAGUUUGUCACUGGCUGGCAAUAUACCCGCUUUGUUGUUUUCCACAGGUGGAUUGCAAGAGUGACUUUUUUGUUGCUUAUGGUCCAUGUGGGUACCAUGACAAUGACACUUAAAUUCUAUGGUGGCUACCAAGAGUCUUUGAAAGAGCUGUACAUUAUUUGGGGUAUUGUUGCAACCGUUUGCAUGGGCUGUUUGGUUUGGUUCUCCAUGUUUUGGCUUCGCCGUAACAGGUACGAACUCUUCCUAUUUACCCACUACAUCUUUGCCAUAGUCAUGAUCGCAGGCGGUUGGAUGCAUGUCAAAGUAAUGCAAUUGGAAGGUUUCUUUAUUGCUAGUGUUGCUGUCUGGGGUUUGAACUUUUUCAUCAGAGGUGUUCGCUUGGCGCUUUUUGGUAUCCAGGAUGCCACUAUUGAGCUUAAGGCCAACGAAACCAUCAGAGUCAUUGCAAACAGACCAUCAUGGUGGCGCCCACAUCCAGGAAGCCAUGCUUUUGUUCACUUCUUAACACCAACAUCAUUCUGGCAAUCUCAUCCAUUUACCUUGGUUGAUGAGCCAGUGGACGAAGGAACUAUUGGUAUGUAUGCCAAAAUCAAGGGAGGUGUCACUCAUGGACUUUACCAGCAAUUGUUGAAUGCUCCAGAACACAAGGUCAGAAUUAAAGUACUGGUUGAAGGUCCAUACUUUGAAAAGAUGCCUGUUGAGGAUGUUGAAAGAGCAGUCUUUGUUGCAUCUGGUAAUGGUAUUCCAGGCAUGUACGCUGGUGUUAAGGAUUUGGCCAUCAACUAUCCACGCAAGCCAGUCAAGCUCAUUUGGAUUAUCAGAGACUACAUUUCUAUUUGCUGGUUCUACUCCGAGCUUAAACAGUUGGAGUUGCUCAAUAUCGAUAUUGUCAUCUAUGUUUCCAGAGGAUCCAAGGGAGACCUACAAGGUCAUAGCAUUGAAAGAAGCACAUUGAACGAAAAGUCAGAUCAGUCUAGUGGAUCAACGAGAAUUGGUAAUAGCGCAAUUACACUGGUCAGUGAUCUCAAGCAGAGUCUUUCGUUUAUUCAAUUUAUCGACGGAAGACCCAACAUUCGUGCAUUGGUGUCUGAAGAAGUCAUUUAUUCUGGCAAUCACAGUACAGGUUUCGUCACUUGUGGCCAUCCGGCCAUGGUCGACGAUAUAAGAUUGCAAGUUGUCGAUACGCUUGCAGUCGACCCAUCACGGAAGGUUGAGCUCUUUGAGCAGUUCCAGAUGUGGUAG